AUUGAUUCGUCGCUUUUCUUCUACACAGCCAUGACUUACAAAGGAGGGGAUGUAGGAAAACAUGGAAGGCAAUUAAAGGUUUGAAGACAAAAAGCAAAGGUCAAAAUGUUUACAUUCUAAAAAGCCGCUGUCGAGCACUGGGAGGUGCUGCAUUCUCUUAGCGCUCCUUUCCGCGUGAUUGGUAAACUUGACAGUGAUUGACGGGCAUCCAUGGCAACCACGAAACCAAUCUGCCAAGUCCAAUAGAAAAUCAGCAGAGGGGCUGACUGUAUUUCCCCCCUUCAAAAUACAUCUCGGGUCUAGUUUUUAUACUCUUGUAAUUUCAACAUACCAAGUUCACCAGCCGAGGGCAUAGUUCCUCAGUGUUUUUAACGGUUGAUCUGUUAACUUUGGGAUUGCCUUUUUGUCUGGAUCCAACGAUCAGAGAGCGAGAGGGAGAGAAGGGUAGGCGCGAGAGGGGAGCGUGUGAGUCAGAGAGAGACGGAGGUGAAACGAAAAGCCUCCAUGUUUCAGCUGCCUAUCUUGAAUUUUAGCCCCCAGCAGGUUGCGGGGGUUUGCGAGACUCUGGAAGAGAGCGGGGACAUUGAGCGCCUCGGUCGCUUCCUCUGGUCUCUGCCCGUCGCCCCAGCAGCCUGCGAGGUCCUCAACAAGAAUGAGUCGGUGCUUAGGGCGCGGGCCAUCGUGGCCUACCACACUGGGAAUUUCCGAGAACUCUACCACAUUCUGGAGAACCACAAGUUCACCAAAGAGUCUCACACUAAACUACAGGCCCUGUGGCUCGAGGCGCACUACCAGGAGGCAGAGAAGCUGCGGGGCCGCCCGCUAGGGCCAGUGGACAAAUACAGGGUGCGGAAGAAGUUCCCUCUACCCAGAACGAUAUGGGACGGAGAGCAAAAGACCCACUGCUUCAAGGAGAGAACCCGACAUUUGUUAAGAGAAUGGUACUUGCAGGAUCCUUACCCGAACCCGAGCAAAAAGAGGGAGCUCGCGCAGGCUACUGGACUUACUCCCACACAAGUGGGAAACUGGUUCAAAAAUCGUAGACAAAGGGAUAGAGCGGCGGCUGCGAAAAAUAGGCUACAACAGCAGGGGAUGUCCCAAGGCUCGGUUCGGUCUUUGGCAGAUGAUGAUGGAACCGUCGAUCGACUCGGUCCCGCCUCUAGUCCCGAGGCUAGUUUGUCAAGCAAAGCCGCCACCUCGGCUAUCUCGAUCACUUCCAGCGACAGCGAAUGUGACAUCUAAUGGCGCACGAGGCAGUCCAGAGGAGGGAGAGGAUAAAUUCACAGGAGAUAAAUAAAGGAGAUCCUAAAAGACAAUCUAACAAAAAAACAGUCAGUGCCUGCGUUUGAAUUGAAAGAAACUGGUCUUCUUUGAUGGCUGCCAAAACAUGAGGGAUCUGACGGAAUGCCCUGUCUUAAAGCUAUACUUUCUUUUUGUUGUCGUUUUUCCGCUAUGGAUGGCUGAAGCUAAUACAAGCGGACAGAAAAUGUAAAGAAAAAUCAUAUUCAUAUUCACGAUCCCUUUUUAGGGAGGACUAAUAAACCAAUGCCUCAAGAUACAACUAAAAAUGAAAAAAAAAAGACAUUUGAGCGCCUAACCUGCUGUUUUCUGUGGGUAUUUCAUGUUGAAAAGACGCUGUAAUAUUUUUUCUUUAAAGUUUUAUAAAUAAUGUUUAUUUACCUAUUUAAAUGAUUGGCUCUGUUAGAAUGUGAUAUUAUUUUGCUUGGUGUUUUUAAUAUUUACCUUGUGCACAGGUGAACCCGUUGAGCAUGUGCGCUUUAGUAAACAUGUGUUUCAGUAAAAAACGUUUUUUUUUUUUAAGAAGUAAAGAUAACUUAAUAAAAUAAUUGUUUAUCAAAAGAACAAAACAUCAGUUUUUUUAUUCUCAGAUUACAACGAUUGAGAAUGGUGUUUGCGGUUAUUGUAUCACUCGAUUAUUACUUGAUAUUAUUAGGCAACCUAGUCAUUUGCCACAAUAAAUUAGAAUAUAGUUUGGGGAUUUGUGACGAUAUUUACUUUAAAUUUUCUGUCACAGAUAUCAUAUUGUAUCGUCCUAUGAUAGGCCUAUAGUGUGAUGCAGCGUACUGUAUCAUUUUGUGUCUCUGCGUUGCCCUGAUGAAGUGGUCUAGGUUAUAUAUCUGAGUAUUUUAGGCAUGUUAAGUAUUUAACUACUAAAAAGGCAUGAGGUGGCGCACACCCCCAACAAGUUAGUAGAGGUGCUGACUAACGGAGAGUGAACUGUAGUAGGCUAUACAAAUAAGCAGUCGCACAAUAGGAUCCCAGAAAUAUAUUGGAUAAAUCAACGUUUCGGCAUCACAUUGUGUUCUUCAGGGUGUACGUACUUAACUACCACAUACCACAUACAGAUCUUCAAAUGUGGACUCUGAGUGAGAUUUUUUUUAAAUAGUUUAUAAUGCCACACUUUGUGCCCUGACACGUUCUCGACAUAUAGCCUAAUUGACCAACAACAUGCUUUGCGUCAUGUAAUACGGAAUGACAGACAGAGGUCAGAGAAAGGCCGGCUCACAAAACGAGACAGUCUCCCGGAGUAAAAACAAAUUGUCCUACACAACACCAUAAUAUGAAAUGCGCUCUGGCUGACGGAUGUGCAUGGAAAUACAUAGGCUAUUGUCCUACAUUUUAAUCUAAAUAGUGCUAUUGUUGUGUAUUUCAAAUUAUGAUUUUGUAGCCUAAGCCUAUCACAUUUAAUUUAGAUAAUUGAAUCAUCGAUUUCUAGCUGAUAGGCUAAAACAUGUCAAAGAAUUGCAUCUGCAUGGUAUGCGAUAGGCUACUAUUCGAUCGUGGAUAUAUUCUAAACCAUAUUUCCUUUAUCGCAGAAUGAAUGUGUGAUAACCUAAUGUCUGCCACGCUUAGCCUAUACGCCUAUGGCCUAUUUUUCAAGGGUGAUAGAAUACAAAAUGCUAUUUCAUUUCAUGGCUAUAAUGAUAUCAUGUUAGCAAAACUAGUAUUUGAGUAGUCAGUUAUUUAUAUCCGGUCAUUAAUGGUCCAGUGAAAACACAACGUUUUUAGGAGUAGACCUAUAGGCAUAAAGGUUUGUAGCAGACCAGUUAUGGUAGGCUAAAAAACGUAAUGGCCAUAUAGGCCUGGCCUACGUUUGGUAUUAUGAUGAUAUGAUCGGUGAUGCAGGGUUUAUCCAUUUAGAUAGGCCCUUAAGUGUUUUUGUGUGUGUUUUUUGCGUUAGGGUUUUGCCUAGCCUACUAUUUGACAUUUUUACCGCUAGCAUCCCUGGUUGUGAUGAAUAUAUGCCUAUUAAUUAGAACGUACAGACGAUAGUUAGCUAUUAGAACGUAAAUAUGAGGUUAAACCGUGCAUAUAUAGGCCUUCAUCUGCUGUAAAAAAAAAUGUCCAUCCCUCUUUACGUGCGCUUAUAGGAUGUCAGCCCAAAUGAGCAUCGUAAAUAAGGAAUGAAAAACACAGAAGUACUGUUUUUCCUACGGAUCCAGAGUUCUGGGUGGGGGCCUACACCAGGGUUUUCAUCCAAUUCCCAAUUAAUUAAACUAACCAGUGAAAAGAACAAGCUGUAUUUCUCUGAACGUUUUUCAGCUGGAACAACACAGAAGUCAAUGCAGUGUUUCGUUUUUGGGAUAAAGAGAGGAAGCAUGUGAGGGGACGAAAACGGGUGCUUUGAGUUUCUUUCAAAUGAUGGGGACAAAAUGGCAGAAUAUUUCCGUUUCUAUUGAAAAUAAGGGCGACCAGGGGGAUGCAUGAAAAGGUAUUUGUAGCAGUCAAUAAGGUUGUCAAACUGGUCAGCGGUAAUCAGCACUAAUGAUGAGGUCUAGGGUUCCCGCGUGAACAAAGGGGCGCUCCCAAUGUUUUGUGAGCGGAAGCAACACGGGUUCCCCUUCAAAGAAUGAACUGCAGUCAGGGUAGUCUGCCAGGGGUACGGAAAUCAGAACUUUUGUGUAGUGUGUGUGUGUUUGGCAGCUGCUGCAAUGUGAAUUCGUGAGUUGG